AUGAAGGACGCCCAAGUAUCUAAGAGGAGAAGGGUCUCCAAGGACAUUGAUGGAGACAUUGAGAUGGGAAAUGAUAACCAAGACGUAUUCUCCGUCCCGUCAUCUCCCAACAACAGAGCUUCUCCCACGCCGGUGAAAAGUGCAUCACGACGUCGAUCUAGCCGCGGCGAAGACAAACCAGACACUGAAACGACGGGCCAAGAUGGCGAGGACGAGAAGGAUGAAACACAAACCCCCGCACGUGUUGGAACACGGUCAAGUGGACGGCAGCGCAAAACACCAAAGAGGUAUGAGGAAGAGGUCGUAACACCAUCGAGGAGAAAAUCAGCAGCCACUCCACGAAGCGCGCGUGCCAGCAGAAGCGCGCAAAAGCCGCGCCAAUCUCCAGCGGAAGACGACGAGCCUGAAUCCGAAGAAGAAGAUGACGAGGAGGAAGAGGAGGAUGACGAUGAUGAAAUGGACCUCGAUGAGUCGUCUCCGGAACCUGCCCGUCGUAAAGUUACAAGGACCAAGUCGAAAAGAACUGCUGCGAGGGCCACCCCGAGAACCACGAGAACUGCACCGAGAACUACCGCAAGAACUACGACGAGAACCAGAUCCAGGAAAGUUGUGGUUGUAGAGCCGAAAGAAAAGUCGGCUUCGCCUGAGUAUCAGGACGGCUUGGAUGACCUUGUUACCAUGCAACUCCCGGAAGAUCUUUAUCAACAGCCGGAGGCCCCAGAGACUACGGAUGUCUCCGAGCCGUUGCCAGAGUAUGUGGAAAGUUUCCAAGAGCUCUGCAAGACGGGACUUGAGGACGAAGUCCGUAUUCUCUCGACUAUUUUGCUCGAAAAGCUGUCAGGGAGACGACAAAUCCCAGUGCGAGGACUUGAACCUGAAUACCAGAAAGUUCAUCAGCUCAUUGAACAGACGGUCUCCAUCGGUGAGGGUAACUCCAUGCUUCUUCUUGGGUCCAGAGGAUGCGGCAAGACCGCCAUUGUGGAAUCCAUCAUUUCAUCCCUUAAAAAGGAGCACAGCAACGACUUCCAUGUCGUGCGUCUCAAUGGAUUCUUGCACACAGAUGACCGGCUCGCUUUGCGAGAGAUGUGGCGUCAACUUGGCCGUGAGAUGCAUACCGAGGACGAUGCAGCCAAGGUCAGUUCUUAUGCGGAUACCAUGGCGACACUCUUGGCGCUAUUAUCGCACCCAGAGGAGCUCUUCGGGGCUUCUGGGGACCCAGGAUCAAAGACUGCUGCGAAAUCCAUCGUGAUCUUGCUGGAUGAGUUCGACCUAUUCGUCACUCAUCCACGACAGACUCUGUUGUAUAAUCUGUUUGAUAUUGCCCAGGCCCGCAAAGCCCCCAUCGCCGUCAUUGGACUCACCACAAAGGUCGACGUAACUGAAAUGCUUGAGAAGCGUGUUAAGAGUCGAUUUAGUCAUCGAUACACUUACGUUCCUCUACCUCGAUCCUUCGAGACAUUUUCAGAUAUCUGCCUCGGGAGCCUGGAUCUCAGUGACGCCGAAAUGGCCGAUGUCGUAAAUGAACUUGGGUCUGACCGCACUCUAGUCGUGUCUGACAAAUGGAAGUCUCUACUCGAGGGAUGGAAGGAAUAUUUGAAGCAUAUAUGGAAUGACAAUGAAUUCCAAUUCCACCUCAAGCGCAUCUACAACCAAACCAAAUCAGUAAAGGAGUUCUUCAACAGCGCCCUUCUCCCCAUCAGCGACUUGCUACAAAGUGUCUCGACCGUCGACACACCCAUCCCCGAAGUCCCAACCCCGAAAAGCUUCGCUUCCCAGUCCCUCGAUUGCCCCGACCCAGCACCUCUCCCCUUCUCUACAUCCAUCACAUCAUCCAGUCCCUCCUCAUUGCCACUGGCUUUGUUGGUUGCUGCAACCCGCUUGUCAGCCCUAUUCGACCCCGGAAACGACGGGUCCCAGUCACAUACCAUGGGACCACUUGCGCUUUCUUUCCCCGCCGCAUACGCAGAAUACGUUCGACUCCUCACCUCCGCAAAGAUAUCCGCUUCAGUGUCAGGAGCUGCUGCCACACCAGGCCGUGUCUGGGGUCGAGAUGUGGCCCGGGAGUCCUGGGAAAAGCUGCUGAGCUGGGGACUUGUGACUCCCGUGGGCAGUGGGAAUGGCACUGCUGACGGACAGAUGUUCCGUGUGGAAAUCAGUUUCGAGGAGGUCAUUGAAAUGGCUGGCUCUGGAGGCGCUCUGGGCCAGUGGUGGCGUGAAUAG